GUGGCGCGGCCCCUGGGCCCCCGCUGCUGAUUGGCCCGUGGCGCAGGCAGCCGCGGGGCAGGCACGCUCCUGGCCCGGGCCGAGCAGAUAAAGCGUGCCAAGGGGCACACGCCUUGGAGCUCAGGAAAUCUCCCUGGGUCUCAACGCUGCCGCGGCGGAGGCCGGGGACCCCCUAGGCGCUUCUCUUCUGCUUCCGGACGCAGUUAAUUCCAGGCGAGGGCGCCUGCGGCUCAACAGAACUUCGGAGGGAACAGAGGCCCUCAGCUGUCCACUGCUGCUUGACACUGACCCACCCAGCGCUCUCUAUUCUUUUGUGCCCGGAAGACUAGGAUGGCGCCUUAUCCCUUGGGUGCGCCCACUAUCCAAGUGCCCCGAGAGACCCAGCAGCCUUUCUCCGGAGCCUCGGACAAUGAAGUGCUCAGUUCCAAAUCCACCCCACCAAGCCCCACUCUCAUGCCGAGAGACUGCUCCGAAGCAGAAGCAGGUGACGGCCGAGGGACCUCGAGGAAGCUCCGCGCACGGCGUGGAGGGCGCAACCGGCCCAAGAGCGAGUUGGCACUGAGCAAGCAGCGACGAAGCCGGCGCAAGAAGGCCAAUGACCGGGAGCGCAAUCGCAUGCACAACCUCAACUCGGCACUGGACGCGCUGCGAGGUGUCUUGCCCACCUUUCCGGAUGACGCCAAACUUACAAAGAUCGAGACGCUGCGCUUUGCCCACAACUACAUCUGGGCACUGACUCAGACGCUGCGCAUAGCGGACCACAGCUUCUACGGGCCGGAGCCCCCUGUGCCCUGUGGGGAGCUGGGCAGCCCGGGAGGUGGCUCCAAUGGGGACUGGGGCUCUCUCUAUUCCCCAGUUUCUCAAGCUGGCAGCCUGAGCCCUACCGCCUCACUGGAGGAGUUCCCUGGCCUGCAGGUGCCCAGCUCUCCCUCCUGUCUGCUCCCGGGCACACUGGUGUUCUCAGACUUCUUGUGAAGAGACCCGUCUGGCUCUGGGUGGUGGGUGCUGGCGGAAAGGGAGGAGGCCAGAGCCGCUGAGGUGGGAAGUAGUGAGGCCCCCAAGCGUCCUUGCUCCUUCUGGCUCUCACUAGCUGGAUCCCUGGCCCACUCACUGGUUCGACCAGGCUCUCCUCGCAGCACCCUGGCUGCUGCCCAUGCACAGCGGGCAUUGCAGGCUGCUGUCUUCUUAAAUCUCCUCUGUGCAGCAACCUUAAACUCUGUUCAAAGUGGAUGAGAUGGUAACACCACACAAUUGGAGACUCCCCUGGUGACCCCCCUGCUCUCAUUCAAAUCUGUCAGCCUCUGACCACCGCUUUCUCCAGGAGGGCCUAAUCCAGUGGUGGGUCUCACUGCACUGGCUCUCUCAUCUAGCUCCUGCUCAUCCACCUUGCUCCGUAGACAAUGCUCAUCCUCUCUGCUGCCCAUCAAAUACAGGGUUUCCCCGGCCUCUCCAUUCUGCCUUAAUCCACGAAGGUGAUGGAUCAUCUAUCUGCCUUCUCCUUCUGCACUUUUUGAGUCUUUACCCUCCCCCAAGGGGAGGUCCUAGCCUCUAGCUGAGAGCGUCUCCCUGGCUUGGCUCCUGGGUCUGCAAUGUGAGCUGCAGGGGACAGGCUCCUGGAGCGCUGCUUGUCUCCCUAAAAAAGAAAAAAAAAAAUCAGUUUGUAAAUGAUAUAAUGCCUUGGGAAAUGAAUUUUGUUACGGUAAAUUAUAUGCCUCCUCCCCCAUUUUACACAUUUGUAUUUAUUGAUGUUAUUUCAUGGUAGGAAAUUUUAUAUUUUGUACAUAAGAGUAUCAGGGACU